AUGUGUUGGAAAGGUUCACAAAUAUUCUACGGAUAUUUUGACCCAUUUGGAUUCUCCGUCUUAACAACACAAGAGAAAGGUAAAAUCGAGCGACUACUCAAACAAAAAAGCAAAGAACAAGUUCCAUGUACACCUGCACGCGCGUCGUUGUCAACAACAACAGCAUCUUCAUCGUCAUCAUCAUUCAGUACAACUCAAACCGUGAACAUCAAUUCGCAAACAGCUAAUGAAAAACCAGAUAAAUUAACAAAAUUCUUGAAAUCAAUAAACAAAUGUUUGCCAACUGAUAAUCGUAAACAUAAAACAAUUUCCGAAGAGAUCGCCUAUUAUACUUCACUAUGCAAGCAGCAUCCACGUAUGCAUGCGAUUACGUUUUGGAAACAAUAUGGACAAGAGUUACCUAUGUUCCAAAAUAUGGCGAAAUGCUAUCUAGCAACAAGUAGUACAAGUGUUCCUUCGGAAUCUGCUUUUAGCUCAUCUGCAUAUGUUGCACGCAAAGAAAGAUCCAGAUUAACUGCAGAAAACCUAUCGUACAGCGUCUUCUUACGCGAUAAACUCAAGUCAUCAGGAAAAAUGAACUGA